AAUUUCGAAGUAAAUAUGAAUUUGCAUGAAAACGAGUCAGCCUCGUUCUCGAUGGCAACCAGCACGUCGGUUUGAUCGGAGAGGUGGUAGAGAAGAGCUCGGCUAUGGAGGGGGACAGAACACCUGGACGACUUCCUGCCAAGGAGUAAGCACUUCAGUCUUCAGGAAAGAUCGUUUCACUUUGGUCGACUUUGAAUUCGUGUAUCCAACACGACACCUGCUUCUUCGUCAAAGAAGAAAUCGUCGCCGCGCGUAUUCGGUUCCGGUUUUCAUUCGGUUUUGCAGGACUUCCGGAUCGAACCGCGAAAUGACGUGAAUCUGGCGGUACGGCCGGUGAAUUUGAAUGACGAUCAGUGCACCGUUUUGUUGGAUUAGGAAUAUUUCGCACGGGUCGAAGUGUUGUUGAAGAGAAUUUUUUUGUUGAAUCUCGUUUCGGGAACAGAACUGUUGAACGGAGAAGAUUUCUGGGUCAUGGAGAGAGUUACUGUGUGUCUUUUUGUCAUCGUUGCUUUGCUCGCACAAGGUUGCUAUGGCGCCGGAUGCGGUUACCCUGGGGCACCUGCGCACAGUAUCGUCCGCUUCACGGGACCAGGUGCUGAAGACGUCGUAGAUGAAGAAGAUGCCCUUCUUAAAGAUACUGUGUUUCCUGUGGGAGCAGUGGCUACUUAUUCCUGCGAACGGGGAUUUGAGCUGCUUGGUCCUGCGAGGAGGCAGUGUCAAACUGAUGGCUCGUGGACGCCGGAAGGUGUACCUUUUUGUGUUUUGAACGUCGCUGGAGGCAAAGCACCAAUGCAAUCGAGCAGCACAGAGGGUGGAAUUCCUCAGAGGGCUGUCGAUGGUAGCAAUGGUCAAAUUUACACUCCUCAAACUUGUACUUUGACAAGACCAGAAAAUAGACCAUGGUGGUACGUGAACCUGCUUGAACCAUACAUGGUGCAACUCGUUCGACUGGACUUUGGCAAACCAUGCUGUGGCGAUGGUGUAUCUGGAACGAUUGUGGUUCGUGUCGGCAACAAUAGGCCAGACUUGGGAACGAAUCCAAUUUGCAAUCGUUUCACUGGACCCCUUGAAGAAGGUCAACCUCUUUUCUUGCCGUGCAAUCCACCCAUGCCUGGAGCAUUUGUUUCCGUACAUUUGGAAGCAAACACACCGACACCGAUUCCAGUGCAACUUUCAUUAUGCGAGGCGUUUGUGUACACUGAUCAGGCACUUCCCAUCGAGAGGUGUCCACAAUUCAGAGACCAACCUCCAGGUUCCACAGCCACGUACAACGGAAAAUGUUACAUAUUUUACAACCGACAACCGAUGAUAUUCAGAGAAGCUCUGGCGUUCUGUCGUGCCCGAGGUGGUACGUUGGUAGACGAGAGUAACCCAGCGCUGCAAGGAUUUAUUUCCUGGGAACUUUGGAGGCGACACAGGAGCGACACUUCGAGCCAGUACUGGAUGGGCGCAGUGAGGGAUCAAAAGGAUCGCACGGUUUGGAGAUGGACAGGAAGUGGUGAAGAGGUUUCCGUUUCAUUCUGGAGUCUGCCUCAGGGCACCGAAGAAGACUGUGCUCGAUACGAUGGCAGCAGAGGUUGGCUCUGGUCCGAUACCCCUUGUACGGCUCGAUUGAAUUUCAUCUGCCAACACCAACCUCGAGCAUGCGGAAGACCAGAGCAGCCUCCGAAUUCGACGAUGACCGUAAUUUCAACGGCAGAUCGAAAUUCCGGAGGUGCAUACGAGGUUGGAGCUACGGUAGAGUAUACCUGCAACGCUGGUAGCCUCCUUAUAGGUCCAUCCACUCGUACCUGUCUGGAUACUGGUUUCUACAACGAAUUUCCACCAGUUUGCAAAAGUAUCGAAUGUGGUUACCCAGCCAGUAUAAAACAUGGAGGUUACACACUUAUCAACAAUACCGUUAGUUAUUUGAGCCAGGUGCUUUAUUCCUGCGAGGAAGGAUAUGAGAUGACUGGACGUGCAAGAUUAACCUGCGACAUUGAUGAACGUUGGAACGGACCUCCACCGAGGUGUGAACCAGUCUUGUGUGACCCCCCAACACCUGUUCCACAUAGUUACAUCCAAAUAGACGAAAUUGAUGAAACUGAAACGAUGCCGGCGAAGGCCAGCGUCAAUCGAAGUCUUCUUGUGGGUAGCAUCGUUACUUACACCUGCGAGAAGGGCUAUAAGUUGACUGGAUUCAGGCAGAUACUGUGUUUACCCUCUGGGUCAUAUGAUCAUGCUGCGCCUACUUGUACAGAAGAACCCCGUAGCCCACCUACUGUGUCUACCCGAAUAACAGUCCGACCUACCACUGCCAGGCCACGUCACACCUUCUUGCCACCAAGAGUUCGCACAACGGUCGUUUCAACAACGUCUACAAGCACGACCACCUCGGUACCGCCUCAAAAGGUUGCGAACACUGCCGAAUUGCCGGCAACGGUCAAAGAAACCAUCGCCAGAAAACCAAGCAUUGGAUUACAAAGGCCUACUCCUCCAUCCACUGGCUUAAACGAUGGUGGUAGUGACCAUCCUCAGGAUAAUGAAAUCUCCGGCAGUGGGGUCGACAAUGCACAGGCUGGUCUGGGAACAGGUGUUCCAGAACCAUCUGGACCAUUCAGAGUGGAUAGUGCAGAUCAACCGAGUAACACGCAUCAAGCGAAAUUAAAUCUGGGUGCUGUGAUCGCCCUGGGCGUCUUCGGUGGUUUUGUAUUCCUUGCCGCUGUUAUUACGACCGUCGUAAUACUCAUACGCAGAAAUCAUGGUAGAAGCAGCAAACACUAUCGACAUCGUGCAUCCCCUGAUUGCAACACUGUGGCUAGUUUUGGAAGCAGUUCCUUGGAGAGUAGAGGAGGUCUGAAUCGUUACUACCGUCAAGCUUGGGAAAAUCUUCACGAGACAGCUGGGCACAAAAACAAUCAUCCUCCUCUUCGUCGCAAGGAAACCCUGGAUGAACCAGGAUACCGAGAGAAUUACCGUGGUAACAACACCGAAAGGGAUGGUUCUGAAUUAGUCGUUAGCGACGUAGCUACUUUCUCAUCGAACAAGCACGCCAGCAUUUCUGACAAGAAACGCCAUCACCAUCACCACCAUCAUCAUCACGGUAACUCGACACCAGAAUGGAGACAGUCCCAGUCUCAUCACAGAUACUGAACACCAAAUGCGUUAGAUAGGAUCCU